AUGCAAACAAAACACUUCUUCUCUGAUCCCUCCCACCUCGUCCAAACCGCCCUUCACUCCCUUACUGUCACCAAUCCCUCCCUCGCCUUCGACCCUGAACACAAGAUCAUAUUCCGCCGUCCCAACCCUCAAGCAAAGCGUAAGGUUGCCAUUGUCUCUGGUGGUGGUUCCGGUCAUGAACCUGCCUUCGCUGGGUUAGUCGGCAAGGGCCUCCUCGAUGCCUCCAUUGCUGGAACCAUCUUUGCCUCGCCCUCUGCAGAGCAGAUCCGCAAGGGUGUUAUGGACUACAUUGACAAUGAGGAGGGUGUCCUCAUUAUCCCGAUGAACUACACUGGUGAUGUCCUGAACUUUGGUAUGGCUACAGAAAAGGCCCGCGCAGCCGGUAUUCAGACAGAGUUCUUUGCGGUCAAUGAUGAUGCUGGUGUGGGGAAGAAGAAGGGUGGAAAGGUUGGUCGUCGGGGUAUUGCGGGUGGUAUCCUAAUUCUCAAGAUCGUUGGUGCAUUGGCUGAGGAAGGUGGAUCGCUUAAGCAGGUGUUUGACCUGGCCCAAUUGGCCAACGAGAACCUGGCUUCUGUCGGUGCUUCUCUUGAGCACGUUCACAUCCCCGGCCGUCCCAUUCCCGAGGAUACGGUGCCUCAUGACGAGAUCGAAGUUGGAAUGGGUAUCCACAACGAACCCGGUUCUCACCGAACCAAGGCUAGCCUGCCCGAGCUAGUGAAGACUAUGCUUUUUCAGAUCCUGGACCACAAUGACCCAGACCGUGCCUUUAUUACUCAUAAUGCCGGUGAUGAAUUCGUCCUGCUGAUCAACAACCUCGGUGGUUUGAGCACCCUUGAACUCUCCGGUAUUACCGAUGAGGUCCACAGCCAGCUUGACAAUGACUACCAAAUCCGGCCUUGCCGUGUACUGCAAGGAACCUUCCUGACCAGUUUGAACGGUCUUGGGUUCAGUGUUUCGUUACUCAAGGUUGUUGAUACUGGUCUGGGCAAUGGCAAGGGCAUGCUCGACCUGUUGGAUGCAGAUGCUCAGGCUGUCGGCUGGUCUGCUCCCAUCAAGCGGGAGACCUGGAACCAGCGCGCUGGUUCGCAUGUGGAGAUUAAGAAGACCAAGCUGGCUGAGGAACAGCCCAGCAAUGUCAAAUUGGACCCCUCCAUUAUCAAGAGGGUCCUAGGAUCCGGUCUCAAGAGCGUUAUCGCCGCAGAACCCGACGUCACCCGCUACGACUCGAUCGUUGGUGACGGAGACUGCGGUGUCGGUCUCAAGCGUGGUGCUGAAGCCGUGCUCGCUUUCCUCAACGACCCCAAGGCCAACAUCAAGGACGACGCCGUGACGGCUGUCAACCGCAUUGUGACCAUUGUCGAAAACACAAUGGACGGCACCUCGGGAGCCAUCUACGCCAUCUUCCUGAACGCGCUGGCCCAUGGCCUCCGCGCCCAGGACAAGGGCACCGCAACACCCGCCACCGCACAGGUCUGGGCUGAAGCACUCAAGUACUCCCGCGAGGCGCUGGCCAAGUACACCCCUGCGCAACCCGGAGACCGCACCAUGAUCGACGCGCUGGUGCCAUUCUGUGAGCGCCUCACUGAAACCAAGGACCUCGGGAAGGCCGCAAAGGCAGCCGAGGAUGGCAGCGAAGCCACCAAAUACAUGCAUGCCAGUCUGGGACGGGCAGUGUAUGUUGGCGGCGAGGAAGAAUGGGUGGGGAAGAUCCCGGAUCCGGGUGCGUACGGCUUGAGUGAGUUUUUCAAGGGAUUGGCCGCGACGGUCGUCUAA